AUGCUAGCAGUUAUGAAAUCUUUUAAAUUAUUUAUUUUUACUCUUAACUUUUUGGCAAUAAUUCCAAACAUCAUAUUGUCCGCCAUCCCGCUUACAUUUUAUUGCACCCGUUUUGUACCAAGUGCAGUUUCUUUCAACACAUCAAUUGCUAAUAUUGCGUUAAAUGUUUCUGCACUACAAGGCCCAUGUGUAGAAAUUGCCAGCACAGGAAAAUAUACAAAUGGAAGCUCCUUUGCUGUAAUACAAAUAACUUCUGCAGAACCAUUAUGCUACAGUAACGUAGCAGGUGUUCAAGACACCAGAGGGAGUUCUGUUUGGUUUAUGUCACCUCAAGGAUGGGUUUGGUCUGGCUUGACAACUAAUCUGAAUUGGAAUUUAUCUUGUUAG